CCCCAACUUUCUAAAAUCCUUCUCUGAGGAAGGAAGAGCUAUAGCUUCGGGGAUAAUAUAGCUUUAAGGAAACUUUUGGCAGAUACAGAUAGUCUGACAUCUGGCAGCAUUAGCAGAAUCCUGAGGACUGGACAGAACGAGAUCUACUCGUUCUAGGAAUGCUAAAGUAGAAGUUUUUCUGACUGAUGAGAGGAACAGAGAAGGAAAAGGAAGAGAAAGAGUGCACAAAAUAAUAUAAAACAGAUCCAUGUUUCUGCUUCUAUUCACUUCUGGGAGAUUAUAGCUGACAGAUUUCUGAAAGUUAUAUUAUUUUACCCUGGUACUUCUGGGCACAUACUUCUACUUUUGUCUCCCUAGCAAUCCCCUCCUGCCAUCUUUCAACACCCCCUCCUGCCUCAUCUUUCAACAAUGACCAGUAAACUAGUGCAAAGAGGAAUUCUCUUUCUGCUGCUCUUCCUCACCCCAGCAGUGACAUCAACAUGGUAUGCAGGUUCUGGUUACUAUCCAGAUGAAAGCUACAAUGAAGUAUAUGCUGAAGAGGUCCCACGUGCCCCUGCCCUAGACUAUCAUGUCCCCAGAUGGUGUUAUACAUUAAAUAUCCAGGAUGGGGAAGCUACCUGCUACUCACCACGGGGAGAAAAUUAUCAUAGCAGCCUGGGCACUCAUUGUGAGCUCUCCUGUGACCAGGGCUUUCGACUGAUUGGAAGAAGGUCAGUGCGAUGCCUGCCAAACCGCCGUUGGUCUGGAACUGCCUACUGCAGACAGAUAAGAUGCCACACACUACCAUUCAUUGCCAGUGGUACCUACACCUGCACAAAUGGGGUGCUUCUGGACUCCCGCUGUGAUUACAGCUGCUCCAACGGCUACCACCUGGAAGGUGACCAUAGUCGAAUCUGCAUGGAAGAUGGACGAUGGAGUGGAGGAGAUCCUAUAUGCGUAGACAUCGAUCCCCCCAAGAUCAAAUGCCCACACUCACGUGAGAAGAUGGCAGAACCAGAGAAACUGACGGCUAGAGUAUACUGGGACCCACCCUUGGUGAAAGAUUCUGCUGAUGGUACCAUCACCAGGGUGACACUGCGGGGUCCUGAGCCUGGCUCUCACCUUCCUGAAGGAGAACAUGUGAUUCGUUACACUGCCUAUGACCAAGCCUACAACCGGGCAAGUUGCAAGUUCAUUGUGAAAGUACAAGUGAGACGCUGCCCAACACUGAAACCACCACAGCAUGGAUAUCUCACCUGCACCUCAGCGGGGGACAACUAUGGUGCCACCUGUGAAUACCACUGUGAUGGAGGUUUUGAGCUCCGAGGGACCCCUUCCCGGGUUUGUCAGUCCAGUCGCCAUUGGUCAGGAUCACCACCCAUCUGUACUCCUAUGAAGAUUAAUAUCAAUGUCAACUCAGCUACUGGCCUUCUGGAUCAGUUCUAUGAGAAACAGAGACUUCUUAUCAUCUCUGCUCCUGAUCCCUCCAACCGAUAUUAUAAAAUGCAGAUCUCUAUGCUACAGCAAUCAACCUGUGGAUUGGACCUGCGGCAUGUGACCAUCAUUGAGCUGGUGGGGCAGCCACCUCAGGAGGUGGGGCGAAUCCGGGAGCAUCAAUUGUCGGCCAGUAUCAUCGAGGAGCUCAGGCAAUUUCAGCACCUCACUCGCUCCUACUUCAACAUGGUGUUGAUUGACAAGCAUGGAAUUGAUCGGGAACGCUACAUGGAGCCUGUCACUCCAGAGGAAAUCUUCACAUUCAUCGAUGACUACUUACUGAGCAACCAAGAACUGACUCAACGCCAGAGACAAAGGGACAUAUGCGAGUGAAUUUGAGCUAGGUCAAGGUUAAAAGAACACCCCCCCCCCAGUUAACUGAAACUGAGGCCUAAUAUAUGGAGAUAAUAGUUUCCUACAUUUCUAGCGACAAGAUUCUGAGAUGGAUGUGUUUUAUAAAUCCUAUGACAUUUCCAGAUACAUUUUAAACUGUAUAAUAGUCACCCUAAACAAGUCUCUGCUUCAGUUAAAAUUGGAGAAUUGUAAGAAAACUAGAGAAUAAGGAAAGGCCCUGGGCAAUGGGUUGAGGAUAGAAGGUAUUCCCUUCCUAAUCUGGGCAUCUUCCUAAUUCUCUAAAAUUUUCCAGAUAAUUAUAAUUGUGCCCCUUACCCACAGGGAAUAAAUAUCAACACCCCAGACCAUGCCUAAAAUAGGGUCAGAUUUAUUGACCCUAUAUAUACUUCUUGUUCCUAUAUAUCCAUACCUAUGAUAAAGUUUAAUUUAUAAGUUUGGCAGAGUAGAGGCUAACAAAAGCAAUAGCAAAAUAAAAUAAGUCUAACAAUAUCUUUUAAUAAAACUCA